AUGAAGUUCACCACGACCAUCAUCUCCGCCGUUUUGGCCUUUACCUCUUUCACAGAGGCUGCUCCUCGCAACACUCGAUCUUACACCGAGGCCCCCAGUCUGACUGCCCAGCUUCGACUUGCUGAUACCGCUGCUGACCGCUUUGCCCUUCUUCCCAAUGACAAGGACUUUGUCUUCGACUUCAACAAGAAGCAGGAAAGCCCUGGAAAGGGCGGCGAGCUCAUUGCUGCUAACCGCAAGACAUUUCCCGCUCUUGUUGGCACUGCCUGCGGCAUGAACACUCUCCACGUCCACCCUCGCUCCGCCGAACUUCAAGUUGUCACCUCGGGCCGUCUCAUCACCGAGAUGGUUCCCGAGAAUGGUGUCAUGGACAAGGACGGCAAGCGACGAGUCAUUCGCACCGAGCUCAAGGCCAACAUGAUGACUCCCUUCUAUCAAGGCUCUGUCCACACCCAAUACAACCCCGACUGCGAGCCUGCCACUUUCGUUGCCUCUUUUGCCGCCGAGGAUUUUGGCACUGGUCAGAUUGCCGAUGAGGUUGUUGCUCUGAGCGAUGAUGUUAUUGCUGCUACCUUUGGUCAGAGCAUUGCUGGCGAGGACAUUGACAAGGUCCGCGCUGCUAUUCCCAAGAGCAUUGCUCUGGGCGUUGACGAGUGCCUCAAGAAGUGCAACAUUCAAAAGCGAUCUAUCUAA